AUCUAGGUCAAAUUAAAAUGUUUUCGGUUUUUAUUACGACCGUGUAUUGUAUGUACACUGCACCACGCGCAUCGAAUGACAUGUCAUGACAGCAGCAGUUGUUUGAUUUCAGAGUUUUCUCUCCUAGAUGGGUUGCAUUCACCAGUUAGUGAGCCUCAUCCACCCAGGUGUCCAGGAGCUGAACUAAGAACAUUCUGGUGAGCAGACAUGCUCUCAACCACCCUACCAUGUCAUCUCCAUCCAAUGUAAUGAUAAUCUGGAUUGUUGAAAUUUAAUAGAUCUUUAAUAAACAGUAUUUGUUGCUGAGGUGUGCUGCAAUCAUGGCUGGGUAUUGCAUUCAUAACAAAUUUCAGAUAAAGAUCAUUUUUGGGACACUACUUAUAUUUGUUAUAUGUUUUAUAUUUGCAUCAAGAAGUAAUUCAAUGUGUGUAUAUUUCCCUAUAUUGAUGUGGCUUAGAUCUGAUGCUUGUGACAUUUGGGAAGAAACAGAUUUUAAUUCAUGGGGAGAUUACAGUUGGUGGCAAAGAGCUUGUCUACUUGAAAAGGAUUGGAAGAAUAUGGAUUAUCUUUGUAAAGAUGUUCGGCUUAUGGGAAACUGGCCAGUUUGUUUUGAUGAGCCGUACAGGCCCGUGAAAGAUAAUAAACCCUGUAUUGUUUAUUCAUUUGGUAUUGCCAAUGACUUCCGCUUUGAUGAUGCUAUGGCUAUUUAUAACUGCACUGUGUACUCCUUUGAUCCCAGUAUGAAUGUUGAAGAUCACGUCAGAGGAAGUCAUGUUCAUUUUAAGAAGCUUGGUAUUGGUGUUGAGGAUAAUCCAAAUUUUAUACCCCGCUUUGAUGGAUAUGCAAAACCAGGUGACCACUGGAACAUACAGAGCAUGACAUCUAUCAUGAAAAUGCUUGGUCACACACCGCAAUCAAUUAGCUUGCUAAAGAUGGAUGUAGAAAACAACGAAUGGUCAAUCUUAACGAACCUGCUUGAUGCUGGCAUCCUGCAGAAGCUGCCGCAGUUGCUUAUAGAGUGGCAUAUUUUUAAUGAUAGUCCACCACACUCAAGGUAUAAACAAAUGCAUGAAGACUAUGAAAGAAUGAAAUCUGCCGGUUUUCUGAAAUUUUGGAUGCGCAAUGAGGGCAGGGAUCACUGGUUGCCAGCAAUGGUAACACAAGCCGAAGUUACUUAUAUAAAUUCUAAAUUUAAAUAAACUUAUACUGUAUUGAAAAAUACUCAUGUAACUGCUGUUUUCUACUUUGUAUAUGAUCUCCACAGAUUUUUAACAAUACAAAUCUGUAUAGGAUAUUGUUGUAGGGAAGGUUUUUUGUAAAAUAAUUUAAUUAAAAAUGUAACAAUAUAUUUUUGCUACUGUGUUAAUUUUGUAUGGUAUUUUUCUUUUUUAAAUGCUUUUAACUUUUUCUCCCAUAUAUAUAUACACUUUUUAUUUUGGUUUUUAUGCAUUCCAUUUUUGAAUAUAGUAUUGAAUCCAUUGAUAUUAGCAAUUUUUUAUACCUUUUUAUUUAUCUUUUAUUAAAAAAAGAAU